CGUUGCUACGACAGUUUCCUUGAGACCUUUUUCUUAGUUUUCAGAUUUCGUGGGCUCUUCCUACCUUUCCCCGGAAGCAAUUCAUCAGCUUUCCGUCAAAUUCAGAGUCGCGGGCUUACCCACUUUAUCUAUUCCUUUACACAAUGGCGUCUGCGACUCUGAGAAGACGGCUUCAUCAUGGGGAUGUGGAUGGGAGGAGAUACGAAAAGUACGACACUACGGACACUGAAGAUCUGAAUGAACCACUGUUGGGUAGUAGUAAUAGUAGUCAUAGAGAUGAGUACAAUGAGGACCGUACGCUGGAGGAGAUAUGGGAUGAAGAACGAAAGAGGCAGCAGGUCCACUGGACCUUGAUAUUUUCUCAGUUGAUUGCACAAUGGGCUCAGUGGAUAGCCAAUAUUGUAUUUGGUUCCGGCUCACUUGUCGGGAGGUUCUUGUCUCUGUCUGCUUUUGGUCAAAUUGGUUCAGGUGGGAAGCUUCUGCCCCCCACCCUUAGUCCUUUGCAGGAAGAAAGGUUGAAGAAUCUUCAGCGAAGACUAGAAGUCCCAUUUGACGGAUCUCAAUCCGAGCAUCAGGAUGCGCUUAGACAGCUAUGGAGGCUGGCUUAUCCACAUAGGGAACUUCCACCUCUCAAAUCUGAACUCUGGAAAGAAAUGGGUUGGCAAGGAACGGAUCCUUCAACGGAUUUUCGGGGUGGGGGAUUUAUAUCUCUGGAGAAUCUAAUCUUCUUUGCCAAGGCCUACCCGAAAUCGUUCCAGAGAUUGCUGCAUAAGCAAGAUGGAACAAGAGCGGAAUGGGAGUAUCCUUUCGCAGUUGCUGGCAUCAAUAUCUCGUUCAUGCUGGCACAAAUGUUGGAUCUUCAAUCGGGGAAACCGUCGUCCGUGGCCGGGAUAAGGUUCAUGGAGUUUCUUGAGGAUGAUGAAACAGCGUUCGAUAACCUUUACUGCGUAGCUUUCCAGAUGAUGGACGCACAAUGGCUUGCCAAACGAGCUUCUUACAUGGAUUUCAAUGACGUUUUGAAGUCGACGAGAACGCAGUUGGAACGUGAAUUGGCACUUGAGGACAUUUCGAGCAUCAGGGACUUGCCUGCUUUCAAUUUAUUGAGGAGAUCAUAAAUCUGCAUUUCCCUUCGCCCUACUAUUUCUUCCUGUAUUUAUAUUAUAUAUACAUAUAUAUAUAUAUAUAUGUAUAUAUGAUUCUGGUAAUUUCUUAUAAUAAUUAAACCACUUUCUCGAGUAAUUUGUAAUACGCGAGGAAGACAAUGAAACAAAAUGUAGAUUCCUUUUUUAUUUCCCCGGAGAAUCAAAUCAAAUUGUAAUUCGAUC